AGUUUUUGUGCAGCCUUACAUCAGGAACUCAAAGAAUACUACCGACUUCUCUCUGUUUUACACUCUCAGCUGCAAUUGGAAGAUGAUCAGGGCGUGAAUUUGGGACUUGAAAGCAGUUUAACACUUCGUCGUCUUCUGGUGUGGACAUAUGAUCCUAAAAUAAGAUUAAAGACCCUUGCAGCACUUGUUGAUCACUGUCAAGGUAGAAAAGGUGGUGAACUGGCUUCAGCAGUUCAUGCUUAUACUAAAACUGGAGAUCCUUACAUGAGAUCUCUGGUUCAGCACAUUCUUGGCUUAGUAUCCCAUCCUGUACUGAAUUUCCUGUAUCGCUGGAUUUAUGAUGGAGAGCUGGAGGAUACAUACCAUGAGCUUUUUGUAGCUUCAGAUCCUACAGUUAAAACUGAUCGGUUGUGGCAUGACAAAUAUACUUUGAGGAAAUCAAUGAUCCCUUCUUUUAUUACAAUGGAACAAUCAAAAAAGGUCCUCUUAAUAGGAAAGUCCAUAAACUUCUUGCAUCAAGUUUGCCAUGAUCAGACUCCAUCUACAAAGAUGAUUGCUGUGGCAAAAUCUGCAGAAUCUCCCAAAGAUGCUGCUGAUUUGUUCACAGAUCUGGAAAAUGCAUUUCAAGAAAAAAUUGAUGCAGCUUAUUUUGAGACCAGCAAAUACUUGCUUGAUGUUCUCAAUAAGAAAUACAACUUACUGGAGCACAUGCAGGCCAUGAGGCGCUAUUUACUACUCGGACAAGGAGACUUUAUCAGGCACUUAAUGGACUUGCUAAAGCCUGAGCUUGCACGACCAGCUACAACUUUGUAUCAGCACAACCUAACAGGAAUUCUAGAAACUGCAGUGAGGGCAACUAACGCGCAGUUUGAUAAUCCGGAGAUUCUCAAACGCCUGGACGUUCGACUGCUGGAGGUGUCUCCAGGGGACACUGGAUGGGAUGUCUUCAGCUUAGACUAUCAUGUUGAUGGGCCAAUAGCAACGGUGUUUACACGUGAGUGCAUGAGCCACUAUCUAAGAGUAUUUAAUUUCCUUUGGAGAGCGAAGCGGAUGGAGUAUAUUCUCACUGAUAUAUGGAAAGGACACAUGUGCAAUGCAAAGCUUUUGAAAAGUAUGCCAGAGCUUUCUGGAGUGCUGCAUCAGUGUCACGUUCUGGCAUCAGAAAUGGUCCAUUUCAUUCAUCAAAUGCAGUAUUACAUUACAUUUGAGGUCCUUGAAUGUUCAUGGGAUGAGCUCUGGAACAAGGUCCAACAAGCGCAGGACCUGGAUCAUAUCAUUGCGGCUCACGAAGUUUUCCUGGAUACCAUAAUUGCUCGGUGCUUGCUGGAUAAUGACUCUAGGGUACUUCUCAACCAGCUUCGGGCGGUUUUUGAUCAGAUCAUUGAGCUCCAGAAUGCCCAGGAUGCCAUGUACAGAGCUGCUUUGGAAGAGCUGCAGCGGAGGUUGCAAUUUGAAGAGAGAAAGAAACAACGGGAGCUUGAGGGCGAAUGGGGUGUAACUGCAUCAGAAGAAGAGGAAGAAAAGAGGAGGAUAAAAGAUUUUCAAGAAUCAAUACCCAAAAUGUGCUCACAGCUUCGAAUACUGACUCAUUUUUACCAGGGAAUCGUCCAGCAGUUCUUGGUCUUGCUGACAACCAGCUCCGAUGAAAGUCUUCGAUUUCUAAGCUUUAGAUUGGACUUUAAUGAACAUUAUAAAGGCAAGAGAACAAGGCUUCGUAUUUCUUUGGGCACUAGGGGCAGACGAAGCUCACAUAUGUGAAACAGUUUCUAGUAACUGCACCUCGGUAUCCGAAGGAUGUUGAACCUCUUGUUGGACAAGGCAAUCAGUGUCAACAUAAUUACACCAAGUGGCGUGCGAUAUGUGUCCACCAUUUCUGCAGGCAACAUGUUUCUCCUCAUGUGAUUGUGUGACACUCUAUAGCAGAAGGAA